ACCUCACAAGACGCGUGCGUGUGGAGGAGUCUUGUUUUGCUGGCGCCUCACAAGACGCACUAGUAUAGGAUGUGGUCGCUGUGCUGACUUUUUCUGCUCAACUGAACGUCAAGUGGAUUUAGCCUGGAAGCCUUCUCUGAGUCACGGAGCUAGUGUGGAUGGCGUGGAGCAUCAGAUACAACCGCGGGCGAUGAGUUAAGAUGCAGCACACCUCCUGUACAGAGGACCGCAUCCACCACGCCCUGGCGCGGUGUCUGGACGGCCUGUGUCUCGGUCCCGCCCCGACGCAGUCCUGGCACGUUGGGCUGUGCAUGAAUCGAUGGAGUCUGGAGGAACUGGUGAAAAGAAACCCUGAGAACUUCCUCAUCCUCCUGCAGGAGAUCCUGAGGAAGACCAGAGAGGCCCAGGAGCAGUGUCAGUACGAGCUGGUGGCCCCGCUCACUCUCAUGUUCUCCUCCACCCUCCUGCAGACUCCGUACUUUCCCCCGGGCGAUGACAUCGUCAGGGAGGCCUGCCAGGUGUUCCGCCGCUUCCUCACCUGGCCCGAGCCGUACUGCAGCCUGUGCAAAGACCUGCUGUCCACCCUCCACCAGGAGCUCCGGGCCCCAGGUAUCUCCUACCACAGGCUGGUGAGAGGAGAACAGGGCUUGACCACCGCCAACCACCGCUCAAAGACCAUGACGGUUCUCCUGAUGAACCCCGUCGACGUCCCCCCAGAGUUCCUCUCCGUGUCUGAGCAGCUGAGUAGCAUCCGCUAUUCCCAGAAGGAGACUUACAUCACCCUUAUCAAACACGCAUACCAAUCCUCCCUGGGCACAAAGUACCCUCUCCAGAGUAUACACAAGGCACUGCAGUCGAAAUGUGUGGAGGAGGUGGGGCAGAUCUUUUCCGCCGUGACUGAGGCGCUGGAGACUGCAGCAGCCAUGGAGGACCCGCACACGGCCAGAGGUCACCUGCUGCAGGCUCUGGAAGGCCUGAAACAGAGCAUCGGUGUGCCUGUCUCCAACGGCAGAAAAUCCGACGGUAUGCUGCAGACUCUGCUGUUGCCCACAGCCAAAUGCUACAUGUAUGAGUGGGACAGAGACAGUUUUGACAUUUUACAUGACAUCCUGGAGCAUGAACACAGCCUGGGAACCAGCCAUAUUCCUCCUGGACGGCAAGAUGAAGACGACGAGGAGGAGGAUGAGGAAGAGGAGGAGGAGAAAGACGUGGAUGAGGAGGAUAUCAUGGAGGAAGGGGGGGCCAUGGGGAACGGCUACGUGGACUACCGAGCCUCCACCCUCUCCACCGUCUCCACCUUCUCCACGGCCUCCAAAGACUCCAUGUUCUCCACCUUCUCCAUCGCCUCCAACUGCUCCGUGCCCUCGGUGCUCUCGGUGGCGUCCGGGGUGGACAGCGACUUCUUCGACGACAUGGAGGACAGCUCGUCGGAGCGGCCGUCGAAGGCCAAGGCCCGGCUGAGCAACCGCUUCUCCAUGCUGUGGGCCCGCUCCACCAACACCCUGAUCCGGGCCAAGAGCCUGGGCAGCCCGGACGCCAAGCGCCUGGUGGUGCGGUCCAAGCGCUCCAACUCGCUGCCCCAGCAGGUCCAGCUGGGGGCCCUGGAGCAGCAGCCCCUCAGGCACGUGUGCUACCGCAGGAGGCCCAUCCUGAGCUGCGACGAGGAGGGCAAGGCCGCCACGCUGCGGGUGGUGGUGUUCGGCGCGGACCACGUGGCGGGGAAGGUGGCCAGGGCCUACAGCAACCUCCGGCUGCAGGAGAGCGCCUGCCCUCGCCUCACCAGGGUCUUCAAACUGCAGUUCUUCUUCAUCCCCGUGAGGAGGGGCUCCGGAGGCCCCCCCGGCCUGGCCGUUCCCAGCCUGCUCUCGCUCUCCACGAGCCCCCUCAGAGGAUCCCCCAGCGUGGAGCUGCACGCGUCAUGCUCGGAGGACAGCACCAAUGACAUCGCACGCUUCAUCGGGAUACUAGACCCCUGGUACGAACGCAACAUGCUGAGCCUGCUCAACCUGCCCGUCAGUGUUGUGUGCCAGCAAACUUCAAAAAUAGAAGCUGACUCAUGCGACAGCUCCAAUGAACGGCUGCCUAUCCUGGCAGAUCUGGUGCUGUACUACUGCCGCUACGCAGCUCGCCCGAUACUGGUGCAGCUGUACCAGGCCGAGCUGACCUUGGCAGGGGGGGAGAGGAGGAACGAGGUGUUCAUUCACUCGCUGGAGCUUGGUCACACGGCGGGGACCCGCGCCAUCAAAGCCAUGGGUGCUGCAAGCAAGAGGUUUGGGAUCGACGGCGAUCGGGAAGCUGUACCUUUAACACUAGAAGUGGUGUACAAUAAGGUCGGUGUGAGCGGGAGAAGCAAAUGCAGUAAAUCAGAGAAGGUUUGCACUUCCAUCACCCUGACCAAAGCCUGCAAGAAGCCUGAGGAGUUAGAUUCCAAAAUGGAGUAUCUUAAGUUGAUGAUGACGGAGGUUCUGAAAAGACAGAAUUCUAAAUCCAAAAAGGGGUACAAUCAGCAACUCUCCACCAUGGAGGUAAAGGUGGACAAGGUGCAGGUGACUGGGGCCGGCAGCACCACCUUUGCCGUGUGCCUGGAUCAGGACGAGAAGAAGAUCUUUCAGAGCGUCAAAAGGUGUGAUGUGUCGGUGUGCUACAAGCCGGACAGCACAGCCGACUGGAGGCUCCGCAAGGCCUUGGCCGCCCAGAGCCAGCCCCUACACCCCACGUUCUGCUCUCUGCUCUGCCUGCCCCUCGCCACCUUCAGCGGGGCCCAGCCCUGAGAGCCCUGAGGACGCAGCCCUGAGGGUCCUCCCCUGAGAGACCUGAGGACCCAGCCCUGAGAGACCUGAGGACCCAGCCCUGAGAGACCUGAGGACCCAGCCCUGAGAGUCCUUAGGACCCAGCCCUGAGAGACCUGAGGACCCAGCCCUGAGGGUCCUCCCCUGAGAGACCUGAGGGCCCAGCCCUGAGGGUCCUCCCCUGAGAGACCUGAGGACCCACCCCUGGGAGCCCUGCUGGGGCUGAACUGGCUCCACAGCAGCUGCCACCUUCCGCCAAGAGACUCAAAAUCACAAUAAUUCACUCACACCACAAGACUGUGGCCAGACUAUGUUUGUAAAGCAAAUAUAUAGAUUUGUAUAAACAGUAAUGAUGAACAUACCAAAAUGCUGCACCAGCAUUGGCAUAAAAAUUUUUUUUCUGGAAUAAUUUAGAUUAUUUUUUUAUCCUUUUUUUUUAUUUGUGAAUUUUUAAUCUGUCAUUUUUAAUCUGUAAAUUGUAUUGGCCAGGAAAAUGAGGCAAUGUAGAUUUUAACCUUCACUGUUUUGAUCCUUCAUCUUAUAUCAGCUUGCACACUGCCACUAGAGAUACACAGUAAUGUCACGGGUUAAUGCAACUCUAACUGUUUUCAUGAGACCAAUCUGGAGAGUAGUGGACUCAUUUAAAUACUCAAAGAGUUGAUUUGACGCUGAAGAUUUUACUCUGUAGAUAACAUGUGCAAUAACCUGAUGUACAUGUGCAAUAACCUGACUUGAUUGAAGGUCAGUGAUGUUGUGGGGAAAAAGAUUCUCAGGUAUAACUGUUUAUUUAUUUUUAAUUUACCAACAAAACAGCAUAAUUUAAUCAGAUGGGAUUCAAGCAAACCUUAUUAGUUGUUGAGUUUUGAUACAUUUACUGUACAUAGUGCUAGAUGAGAAUUUGUGUAUGCAUUACAAAAGAUGGCAAUAGCAAUGAUAUAUUUUCUUACAUCAGGUAUCAUCAUUUGAAUCUGAAUUCUUUUCAUGCAGACGUGGACAACAGUAGUACCUUUAUCUCCUUGUACAGAAUGUAAAUUAUUUUCUUUCAACACUUUAUAACAAACAUACUGUACGUUUAUUGCUGUAAAUGUCUACUCUGUAAAGAGCUAAUUGCUUAGCAGAAACUGUACAGAAACAAAGACUAGCAUGCAGGAAUAACAUUCAAAUAGCAGUGAAAUGUGCUCCUUUCAGAUCCGGUAAAAUGGAUGAAGAAUAGCACAAGGUACAUUUUGCUACUUAAUGACACUUACCUUAUGUGCACUCUAUAUUUAAAAUGGUACUGAUGAAAAAAGGUUUAAUAUAUGUAUAUAUUAAAGUUAAAUAUGUCACUCUUUAUAUGUAAAUGUUUUUGUUUUAUCCAUGAAUACUGAUGUUAUUUCAAUGACUUGAUGAUUUUUAUUUUUCGAUUUUUGAUUUGCUAUACUUUAAAUGAGCACCAAUCUCCUUUUUUGAAAUACUGUUUAUACAGUAUUGUGUAUAUACAGUGUACUAAUAAAGAUAUCAAAACAAA